AUGACAACGCUUGAGAAAAAUGCCAAAGAAAUAAAAGAUUGCAUUGAGGAAACGUAUUGGGGUUCCAACAAACGAGUUUUGCUUCUCGGGCAUAGCAAAGGUGGAGUAGAUGCAGCGGCUGCUUUAUCUAUGUACUGGUCUGACCUGAAAGAUAAGGUAGCUUCGGAUAUCUUGAGAAAGACAACUCGACUUGACAGGAAGAGGCAGGAAUUUUUGAAGAAACACCGUUUACCUAAGGAGCUUCCUGUUGUUUCUUUCCAUACCGAAGCCGCCAUCACUCCUGCCGGUCUGGCCACAUUAUCUCGUAUUGCUCAUGCGGAGCUACCAUUGAUGGCUACCCUCUCUGAUGACCAGCCAGCAAGGUUGCCUGUGGUCAUGCCCCUCGGUGCUGCCAUGGCCGCAAUCGCCCAGUUGCUGCAGGUCAGAUAUGGUAAAAAGAGCGAUGAGGUUGUGGCGCGCUGUGAUGCAGAAGCCCGGGAUCCAUUGCGGUCCGGCCACAACGUAUGGAUGGUUUAUUCAUCAUUGGAUGACGACCCUUCCGAACCAGAUGCAACGCAAGUGUGCGAGGCUCUUUUAACGCUGCUCGUAGAAGUUGGACAGAAAAAAAGACACCAACUCUCGGCGAAAGAUGAAUGA